CCCACCCAUCCAUCGUCCAUCGUCUCGCUCUCGUUUCGUCGGCUCCUUUUCUCUUCGAUACGGAUCUGUAUGGCGGCAGUUCCACACGGACAGCGCUCCGUGCGCUUCAAGCUGUGUCCAUUGCCGACCAGCUUUUUCGCUUCUCAGUAAAUCGUUGCGCUCUAUAAAUGUGGAACUGCUGCAAACAUCGUAUUGCUCACGACUUCGCCCCCUACCAAUUUCUCUGUCAAAAUCUGCUUCGAAGGACGCUCGAGGCACUUGGCUCAUCAUGGCGAGCGCACUCCAACGUCUUUUCCGCAAACGGGCCAAGGCUCGACAGCAGGAGGCCCAAAAAAAAGAGGCAAACGCGCGCCAUUCGGACGCUCUUGAGGAUGCAUUCUCUUCAUCACCAGGCGGCGGUCUCAACCGUCCAUCACCCGCCGACCGGUCGUCCUCGCCUGCCUCUUCGCUCUACUCGGCGCCUCUCACGCCGCACUCGACCCGCACGGCGUCGACCGACUUCGUCCAUCACAAGAGCCACGUGCCCUUGAGUCCAGCGCUUACCGUGUCCAGCUUAGCCUCGCUUCGAAGUCCGGACUCUUCCUCCACUCAAGCCAUGACCGCACCCUUCAGUGGCUGGCUCUCAGGCCCCAGCAGGCCACGCGCUCACAGCUUCGAUGCCCUGUCAUCCUUCUCUGGCCAGAGCGGUCUCAGCAAGCAGCCAGGAUCCAUACACGACGAGUUCGGACGCAUGUCCCUACAAGAGAGUCGGGCGGAUGAGACCAUGUACUCCUUCACGCACGCCUCGGACAACGAAGAGGAGGAUGACUUUGACGUCAAUCCAGUCUACACCGCACUCUCGGAGACACCAGUGCAUCAGCAGGAUUGGCGUGCUGCCAGGCUCGUCCUCCUUCCGCCAGCUUCCUUGCUUCGAGAAAUGAGCGUCCCAGUUGACUCAGAGCCUGCUUGGACCGCACUACAUGCGCUCAAGCCUUCACCUGUCUACCGCGGCCAGUAUGUAAAUGUGCGAAGCUCUGAUCAGACCUCGCAGCGCACCACCCGCAAGCGACCUGUCGAGGAUCUAGACCGUCGUGAUGCUAAGGACGAGACUUCCUCCGCUCAGGAAGCCCCAAAUGUCCAUUUUCCGACUUUGUCCAGCGCUCGCUCGGAGUGGGAUGAGUGCCAGCUCACGGCCACACUCGAAGAGGAUCGUCGAGUAUCGGUCUGCCUUCAUCGGCCUGACAGGCCUGCGAUCCAAUGCGUGGCGCGUGUCGUCAGCGAAGUGAGUGUCUAUCGCACUCAGGCUGUCAGCGAAGGGCCGGAUGAGAAGCGCGCCGGUGCUAGCUCUCCUGGUGCACCAACCUCGCCCCACGGCUUUGAGGUGCUCUCGCGACCAGUACAACCAUGUGCAGCGAAGCUAAAGGGCAAGCAGGAGAAGAUCCGCGUGCGAGUUUUGCUCCUGGACGGCUUGAUCGCUCCUAGGUAUUUGGACGCGUGCGAUGCUGGCGAAGCAGCAGCUAGCCCGAUCGUCGACGAGACCAUGCAGGACGCCAGCUCUAGCGCUCCCAUGUCGAGAGCACCAAGCUCAGCGGCCUCCAUCGUCUUUCCCUCCGCCGAACCUCAAUCGCCUACGGAUCUCAGCAGAGCGCCAAGCAUGGGUAGAUCGGUGUCGAUGCGCAGUGCCAGCACCUUGUUACAGGAACGCAUUCAGGCAGUGCUUCCUGAGCAGCCUAAUCUGGCGUGCGACUUGCUGGUGCUCAAGAAUCCGCCGAUGGACCUUCCAGAAACGCUGCGGAACGCCUUGAGCACGGCCUUUGCAGAGAUCCAAAGAAACGCCGACUCCUUUCGAAGCGCUUAUGUGCUGGUUCGGGGCUUUGAGCAGUACGACGCAACGCGCAUUCGCCGAGGCGUUGUGCUUCCAGCAGUUCGACUUUUGGAUGGACCCACCGCCAGCUUGGGCUCUGCCUUACGACACAGGCUAGCUCUAGCCUGCGAGAAUGUGGCUUUUGGAACCUUGCACAGCCGCCUGUAUCCAGCAGUGCGCGCAACGCAGCGCGUCGAAGACGAGGCACUCGAUGCGUUGCUGCACACCUACGCCAAGUCGGGCAAGCCAGCAGCAGUAUCCCUUGGAGUGACAGUGUCUAGUCUGCGAACUCGACCCGCUCGACUGGACCCUGCUGUGCGCAUCUUGGAAAGCAUUGGAACAGCGAACGAAGAAGCGGAUAGGCUUAUGAGGCUAGACGCCUCUACGCUCCAAAGUCUAGCGCAAGGCUCGUCUCAGCGGGAAGGCGACUGGUCUGGCUGUACGCAGUCCUCGCAACGGGUACGGACGCCAUUGGAUAUACUCGCGACGCUGGUCUCCAUUCUCAAAGCGAUUGGUGAUUCGGUGACGACGGCAGCACGAACAAGCAGCCACUCGAGCUUGGGCAGCAUGCUCGAUUCGCACGAAUCACGGCCCCUGGGCGCCGACGAGUUGCUACCGAUCGUCGCUACUGUCAUUGUGCGAGCACGUCCUGCGGCUUUCGGUAGCGCACUGUUGUAUGCACGAACAUUUGGCAUCGACAACUCCACGAAUGCUGAGACGAGUUGGGCUUUAACCACCUUUGAAGCCGUGCUGGAAUGGUUGCGAGCCGACCCACUUCGUUUGAAAAGUGGACCACGUGGGCCUAACGAGGUGGGUCCUGCUCCACCAACCUCUCUUGACGGUCAAAAAAUUGGCAUGUCCCUUUCCAGACGUGCGGGCGCUUCUGACGCGGAAGUGCCGCAGCUUGACGACUUGGCGCGUAGUCGGCGAACAUCGUUGCCAUCGGAUGUUCUGCUGAUGGCGCGCAGCAACAGUGCGAUGAUGCGCUCAACGAGCUCUUUCUCGGAGCGUGACACAGCAAGCAGGCCGACUUCGCCCGAGGAUGAGCCAACGGGCAACGAUGGCUUCAAAAUGCCUGGCCGGCCCGCGUCCGCGACGUUCAGUCAAUCCCUCUCGCGACAUCACAGUCGAGUAAAGCGUCCUCAAAGCGUGUUAGGAGUCUUGGGCGAAGACACUGCUUUUGCUGGUUGCGGAGCGCACGAUUCGGCAGAACCAGAUUCGCACCUGGCCCCGAGCGAUUCUGCACCCAUCCCGUCGCACCCGAAUCUCCACAUACGCCCGCAGAUCGUGACGCGAAGGCGGCCGACAGCCUCGGCUGCGUCGACUUCGAGUGGAAGGGCCGAAAGAGCCUCUGCGCUCGAAAGAAGUGCCGUGAUCGGCGCAUCGUUUUCGGACAUGCCCGUGCGGGUAGUUGGUUCCGAGGCUUCCUUGAGCUCGCCGACAUCGUCAGGUAUGACUCGAGGCGGCAGUGAAGAUCUUACAGCGAUGGCAAAUCAUGGCCAUGUCAGACCGGACGGCGGACGAAGAAAGAGUAUGGAUUCGUGGUCCGCCCUGUCCAUGUUUUAUCGAGCACCAUCAGAGGAGAGGUCACGCCCAGAGUCCGCCGCACAACAUGCUGAGGAUCAAAUUAGGAAGGCUUCAGUACGUAGUUUCAGCCCUGCUGCAUCUUCGGUGUCCGAGGAAGGCGACGUGUGGAAGGCGCCUCCCUCACAAAGUGGUACAUGGCUUCCGACAUGGUCCGAUUUCAGCACUAGUGGUCGCAAAAGGGCGAGCUUUUCGGCAGGGACAUUGGGCGCGACGAUGCAGAGCACUAGUCCGCCCGCGAGUGCCGUGAGCACAGAUGGAAUCAGCCCGAGCGGAACCUUUAGCACGCUACCUCGGUCGAACUCGGGCAGCGGGUUUGCAGCCUUGUGCGGCGAAAGUCCACGCUCCAUCUCGUCUGCGCGCUUCACAGAUACCGCAACAGCAGCAACUGGCCCCGUAGUGCCCACUCUGCAAGCCUGGCCUCACCGAUACUCUGCAAUCAAGCGCACUGCAUCGUCGAUCUCAGCACAGACCCAGGUAGUGCCCGAUCAGUCGACUGCAUCGAUCUGCGACUCGGGCUCGGAGGCUAGCUCCCUCAAAUCGACUCGCGGAUCACAAGAUGUCCGAGCAUUCGAAACCAGUGCGUUGGAGCGACGUCGACGCUUGUCUCGCUUAAUGUCUCCCUCGCUUUCUGCUUCGGCCUCGCCUGCUAUGCAGCCUAGCCUGGCAGUCGACUUCUCAGCCUCCGGUGACUUUACGCCGGCGCGCCCGUCCGCCGAGGAAAGAAUGCCCGUCUCCAAUACCCACGCUCCGGCACCUGAAUUUGCGGCAUUUCGAGCCGCUUUGGCCGCUUCGUUCGGCUCGCGAAGCCCGCCGUCUUCUUCUUCCUCUGCCCAAGGCGAGACUGUCGAUCGACACUCUCGCAGACGCGUAAGCUUCAGUGAUAGCACCACCCCAGGCAGCAGUGGGCGUUUGCAUGCGGCCAUCGCCUCGGAUGCAAGCUCCUCGCAUAGUCAGCGUGAUUCGUACUUUCCGCAAUUGCGCAUCCACGUGCCUUCGCCAGUGCAGGAGCUGGCUGAUCCGAUCAGCAGCGCGACCAUAAGCAAUGGGGCCCAUUCUGGCGAGUCUCUCUCACCGCCCGCAGCUACAUCACGCGGCUCGCGCCAAACGGAAGCUGUGAGGCAAGGUGCGGAUCACACGCAGCUCGCGACGCCUGUGCUGCCCGCCCCCAGAGCGCUCUCGGCUUCCAGAUGAGAGUAGGGCGCUACGUUGCUGGAGCAAAGUGCUGCGCCCAAUCUCGUUCUCGACUAAUCGACUGGACCACGUCCGGUGCGGCGUACAUCGCCAGCUUCUACAUUCUAGCAGGAGCAGUGCUCCAGCGUUUCCGAAUCGUUGCCAAACUUUUUGUUCUCGCUCGCCAUGAUUUAGCGCCCCAUCGACCGUGUGUGCAUCGAAGCGUCCUCAAGAAUCACAACCACAUCCGCAUACCAAUCCGACUCUAGACAAUGCAGACUCGAACGCACCAAUGGGCUCCUUUCAUUUCGCGUGCCACGCUUUCCGUUCCCUCAUGUUGUACAUGUACCUGAGCUCGCGCAAUCAACAUAUGACCAGC